AUGCCACGAGUUGUUCCUGAUCAAAGAGACAAAUUCGAACACGAUGAAUUAUUUCGAAAACUCAGCCACGAAGGCGAGAUAAAAUACACGGGAUUUCGUGACAAACCUCAAGAAGAACGGCAGCUUCGGUUCGAGACCGAAUGUCGGGAAGGACACGCUGACAUAGCGUUUGUUGCUACAGGAACGACCCUUCAGUUGAGUUUUGCGGCAAAUGCUUGGUCAGACAAACCAGAAGACAGAAACCCAACCACAGAAUUUGUUAAUUUUGAAAGAGAACCUGGAAAGGUUCAUUUAAAAUCUCAAUUUAUUAUGAAUGGCGUUUGUGUGAUUUGGCGAGGCUGGAUUGAUCUCCGGCGCUUAGAUGGAAUUGGGUGUCUGGAAUUUGAUGCUGGAAGAGCAGAGGUUGAAGAUGCCUUGCUUCGAGAACAGACAGACCAAUACAACAGAAGAAUACGAGAUUAUGAAGAGAGACAGAGACAGAGACAAUUUAGAGAAGAAGAAGAAGAAAGGAGAGCAGAGGCUGAAGCAGAGGAAUUUUCUUCUGCAUCAGACACACUAUUUCAGGUUCACAGUCAAAGUUCGGAUCCCAGCCCCAGUGAGACAAGUGGUAGUGAAUGA